AUGUCUAAUCGAUUCAUAACGCCAUCGGAGAACGUGAGAGAGACGCCUAAUCGUCAGCCGAGUAGACCUACAAAUACAGGAGACAUCAGAUCCAUCACACUGCCAGUUGAACAUCAACAACUGGAUACAUACGGCUCAGAGUUAUACGUUGACCUCUUACUUGAAGAUGAGAGAACCACUGAGAGACGCCGAAACGAGAGUUUGAUUUUGAAGGCUCAUGACCAGUAUAUUGGAAGCUCCGGGAUUGCGUUCUUCUCUGACCAGAGGCUUGUAUCCAUUUCCGACCGUCUAGGCCAUAGGAAGCUUCGGGAUCUGCUGGAAGAUGUUGCAACAUCCGUGAACUCGCGUAUUAAUUACAACACACAUUUGCCGGCCACUCGUAUCAAGUUCAUCAAACCAUCUACUACGCUACAGAUCUCCCAAGCAUCUGCCGAGCUUUAUAUCGCUGCAUAUUUCGAAAAUGUUCACCCAGUUUAUCCCUUUAUUGAUCGACGUUGGCUCGAGGAGAGAGCUUAUUCUGGAGAUAUAGCUCUGCUACCCCCAGAUAUGCUUCCUUUCUCAGCCCUCUAUCAUGCUGUUCUUGCGUUGGGGGCCCAAUACCACGGGGGCGGUUCCUUCGAACCGGGCACUGGGAUUUCAUGGAAGCUAUAUCAAAUUGCUUUAGGCUUGUUCCCGGAGAUUUUAGAUUCAAAGGAAUCCUUAGUGAAUGUCCAGGCUGUAACUGCAAUGGCCAUCUUUGCUCACAAUUCGUCUUGUAUACAAAUUGCACAUAUGUUAACUGCUGAAGCGGCUCGGAUGGCACAGUCUAUUAACCUCCAUAGGGCCAUUUCCGAUAAUGAAAAUGUUUCUUUAUGCCAGCGGACUUUUUGGGUAAUUUAUUUCUUGGAAAAGACACUUUCUUUUACCUGUGGCAAAUCAUCAACCAUACUGGAUUGCGAUAUCGGCACGCCUAUCCCAGACACUUCCAAAGCUGUCUCUGGAGGCUUCGACUGGCUCCGCACUAUAUGUCGUUUUAGUAGGCUAAUUUCAAAGGCAUACACUACGCUUUUUUCGAUAAGCGCGACAUUAUUACCAACUGCUUCAGUCCGAGAUACUCUAAUCUUGUUUAAUCGUAAACUUGAGUCCUGGAGACUGUCAGUACCUGAAGAAUUCCGUCCCGGUACCUCGCUUCGGUGUUUCAACAAACCAGACAACCCGUCAAACAUGAUCUUACUCAGGUUAAAUUACCAUUAUUAUUGCGCUGUCAUUGCCUUGGCUCGCCUAAGCUCAGACCUUCCGCCAGCAGAGGCGUCAUAUCUUCUGACAGAGAGAAGGGAAAUGCUUUUGAAAGCCUGUAGCACUAUCAUCGAGCUUACCAACCAAAUUGACGUAGCCCCAUGUACCCCAAUCUGGAUGUUACUUUCCGCACCCUUAUCAGCCAUGUUCACCCUUUUCGACUUUGUUAUACACAACCCAGAAGAUGAAAAAACCGCAGGCAACCUUUCUCUGCUAGGAAUUGCAGCAGGGUACUUUUGUCGUCUAGAGUAUGCUUCGGGUGGAGCCCUCAAGACUUCGGUUCUGUCUGACAUUUCCCACAUUGCGCGAGACUAUAUUCAUGACACCAAACACGGCACUACAACAACGAUUACCAACCCUCUAUAUGCACCAAACACUCCUAGACCAGAAGGAGCAACUAUACCUGAAUCACAGACACCCUUGUCACUACCUGAAGACCCAACUCCUUCGUUUGAAUUGCCUCAAGGCCAUACCACCACAGGAUAUUUGUACAAUACAGGUGACGAUUUCCAAUUUCUCAUGGGAAAUAGGUUUCCGGAGGGCGUUGAUUUGGAUGAGCUCUUUUGCCGCCUCUCUCCUGCGGCGCAUUCGUACCCUUUUGAGUAA